AUGCAUAUAAAAGGUGAUUAUCAGCAUCUGCUCAUACCUGAACGUUCCUCAUUGUGUGUGAUUGACCCUUCCAGAGAAUCCUUGAAAUCACAUCCUGACCGUGUACCUGCCGAUUCUCCUGAGCGGCCUACCCGAACGCGCAAAUUUCAGGAAAUCAAUGAUGCCUAUUAUACCCUGUCAGACGAGUCACGUCGGAGAGAGUACGACGCAACAAGGCCAGUGGAAGAAGAAACCGAGGAUGAAGUACCCCUAGGUGGCACCGGGGGAUUUUCAUGGUCUUCAUUUGGGUUUGGCACGAGCGACCGUGAACAACGUGCCUCUGAACAGUUUGGCUCGGUGUUUGAGGAGAUGCUACGCGAAGAGGGCCUCGCUAGUGAUGAUACUGACGCUGAUGGCCGUCGGCGGACCAGGCCUACAUCUCGCUUCUGGUCUAUUGUUGGUGGAAUAAGUGGUGGUGCACUCGGAUUCAUUGUCGCCAAUGCUGCCGGUGCUUUCGCUGGUGCCGUUGCAGGAAAUCGGCUCGGCGCUGUUCGUGAUGCGAAGGGCAAAAGUGUCUACGAGGUCUUCCUAGAUCUUCCACAAGGUGACCGUGCCAGGUUAUUAAGCGAAUUGGCAGCCAAAGUUUUCCAGUCCACAGUUGGACGAUAA